AUGGCGCAAAAUACGCGCAAUUUCGCUCUCCUUUGCGUUUUCCUUUUCCUCUGCACUUCCCUCCCGUCCGCCUUUUCAUCCAUAAGCGAUCGUCGACUCACACCACGCGAGCGAAUCCUUCGCGACGGCGCGCUACUCGCCGACCGAAGCCACUCCGUCAUCUUUAAAAAAGGCUCCUCGAGCGACUAUUCCGCCGAUUCCGUCAAUCCCGUCAAUUCUGCCGGCAGCGGAGCAGACACCCGACGCAAUCUAAACGGCGGUCCGGUGACGUCGUUCGCGAUCGCAAACGGCAUCUCGCGGGGCAGCCUCAUCCAGAGCGGCUUCGACGACACCUCGGACGAUCGCUCCAAUUCGCCCAGCGAUCAGUCGCGCGGCGACCGAUUCAGAGAUCCGAACGAUCAGGUCGAGGCGCCUUCGCUCACCAUUUUCUGCGCUCCAAAACCCUACUCGUCGAUCGUGGAUCCCUCGGACCCAAACCCCGACUCGCAGCGGCGCGCUUUGCUCUCCUGGCUGCGCCUCUCCCCGCCCCCGAAAAUCGUUCUUUUCGGAAACGACACGUCGUUCCACGAGCUCGCGCGUCCGUUUCCCGCGCAGAUCUCCGUCGAGCCGCUGAUCGACAGCAACUUCUACGGCGUGCCGCAGUUUCACAGCAUGGUGGCGCGCGCGCAGGCCGCUUCGACCGACAUCUCGAUGAUAAUCAACGGCGAUAUCAUCCUCCUGAAUGACGUCAUGCUCGCGCUGCAGAAGACGCACGGAACUUUCCAGCACUGGGUGAUGACAGCGGCGCGGUGGGACAUGCCGGAGGAUUUUCCGUACUCCUUCGAACCGCAGAUGUGGGGGCAGCGGGGGCUGGCGCGCGGGCGCAGCCACGCGGCGAUGGAGGAGGAAAUCCGCGGGUUUGUACGCGAUAUAGGCACGCUGCACACGUACGGCGGGGUGGACUUCUGGGCGUGGAAUAACGACUCUCCCGCGCCGCUGUUCGACGGGGUUAUGCCGCCGUUCUCGUUCGGGCGCGGGAAAUACGACAACUGGUUCACGCACGAGAUCGUGGUGGCAGGGCGGCGGACCAUGGUUGACGCCAGCGAGGCAGUCACGGCGAUCCACGUGGCGCAUUCUUACUCGCACGUGGUGGAAUCAGCUGCGACCAAGAGCCUCGCCAGUAGGAACGGAAACGGAAACGGAAACGGUAACGGAAUAGCAGCAGGGAAGAACUUUUGGAGCACGCGGAAGAAGAGCAGCUGGGAGCUGUUCGGUAACAUCCACAUGGCCAUGACACAUGGUUCCUACGCCAAUCAGAAGGGCACUGCGCUGCACGUGCCCUGGAAGCUCGCCACGUGUCACGAGCCGUCCGUGCACAACAUGUGCCUGCAGCAGCGCCUUCGCCCCGCCACGUGUACCUGCGAAUCCGCGAAUUUCGUUCGGUCCAGCCAGACCGACCCGAAGCUGGAUAAAACGGGCAGGAAAUGGACAUGUGGCAGCGUGUCAGUGGACAGGAAUUCGGACUACAGUAUCCCCACUAUUCCUCCUCCUUCACCCGCCUCCUCCCCUGUAGGCCUCCCACACACCAUGGAACAGCUAAUAGCCACAAUCGCUCGGACCGUCCCGGACGGGCGGGGGGGAGAGCUGCAGGUGGUAACCCUAGUGGCGGUAACCGCGGGGUACGCAGAGAUGCUGAUGAGCUUUGUGUGUCGCCUGCGCUCCCUCGGCCUCGCCUCCAACCUCCUCGUUGCCGCGCUUGACGAGGACUUGUACCGAUUCGCAUUCACGCAGGGCCUGCCCGUGUACUAUGAGCAAGUCAGCCAAGGGCUGAAGGGGGUGGAUUCAAAGGACUGUGCCUUUGGCAGCCAGUGCUUCAGGCAGUUCACUAAGCUGAAAUCCCGGGCUGUGCUUCGGGUGCUCAAGGCUGGGUAUUCUGUGCUCUGGACCGACGUCGACAUUGUCUGGUUCACCGACCCUCUCCCGGACCUGCUCUCGUAUGGUCCGGGGACUUUCCCGAUCCAGAGCAAUGAGCCGAAUGUAACGCUGCCCGGGACGGGCAUUCGGCGAAUCAACUCUGGGUUUUAUUUUGCCCGGGCAGAUAAGAGGACAGUGGCGGCAUUUGAAGCGAUUACUGCCCAUGCAGCUACUACAAGAUUGUCAGAACAACCGAGCUUCUAUGAUAUCCUGUGCGGUGUGAAGGGCGAGAAUGUUGUGGAAGGGAAGGAGGAGUGUGUGUGGGAAAACGGCCUUCGCACUAUCUUCCUCGACAGAGUCGUGUAUGCGAAUGGUGCGGCGCAUGGGUUUUGGGACGAGGAGGAUGUGGAGGGGGCUUGCAGGAGAAAGGGGUGCACCAUUUUACACAACAACUGGAUUGCUGGGAAGGAUGCCAAGAAGCAACGGUUUGUGCCCUACACGUCCGUCCUCGACCCGUCCUCCCCGCACGCCGACCCGUCCUCCCCGCACGCCGACCCGCAGCGCCGUGCGCUGCUCUCGUGGAUGCGCCUCCGCCCGUCCCCGAAAAUCGUUCUCCUGGGGAACGACUCCUCUUUCCGCGCGCUCGCGCAGCAGUUUCCCGCGCACGUAACGGUCGAAUCGUCCAUCGACACGAAUUUCUACGGCGUGCCGCAGGUUCACAGCGUUAUCGCGCGCGCUCAAACCGCGGACACGCCGGUUUCGAUGGUGAUCAACGCGGAUAUUAUUCUCAUGAAUGACGUCAUGGCUGCGAUGCGGAAGGUUCACGAGAACUUUCGCCACUGGGUCAUGACUGCGGCGCGGUGGGACAUGCCCGAGGAGUUUCCGUAUUCGUUCGAGCGGGAAAUGUGGGCGGGGAGGGGGCAUCGGGAACAUGAAACGACGAUUCGCGAGUUCGUACGUACGCACGGGACGCUGACCCACACGUACGGCGGGGUCGACUUCUGGGCGUGGAACAACGACGACCGUACGCCGGUGCCACUUGUAACGGGAGCCGUACCGCCGUUCUCGUACGGCCGCGGCAAGUACGACAACUGGUUGACGCACGAGAUUAUCUCGUCGGGGCUUCGCGAAAUCGUCGACGCCAGCGAGGCCGUUACAGCCGUACACGUGGCGCACUCCUACUCGCACGUGAUGGAGUCGGCGUUCACGAAAAACGCGGCGGGAUUGGCGGGGAAGAGCUUCUGGAGCACGAGAAUGAACAGUAGCUGGGAGCUUUUCGCGAAUAUCCACUUGGCUCACACGCACGGGACGUACGCCAAUCAGAAAGGGACACCUCUGCACGUGCCUAUCAAGCUGAUGAACUGCCUGGAAGCUUCGGCCAACUACCUGUGCCUGCAGCGUCGUGUGCGCCCAGCAGCAUGCUCCUGCGAGUAUUCCUCCGCAGUCUCCGCCUCCCAGACGGACCCUCGUCUGAGCGCCAAGACGAAUCAGUGGACGGUCCCGGACGGGCGGGGGGGAGAGCUGCAGGUGGUAACCCUAGUGGCGGUAACCGCGGGGUAUGCGGAGAUGCUGAUGAGCUUCGUGUGUCGCCUGCGCUCCCUCGGCCUCGCCUCCAACCUCCUCAUCGCCGCGCUUGAUGAGGACUUGUACCGAUUCGCCUUCACGCAGGGCCUGCCCGUGUACUAUGAGCAGGCGAGCGAGGAGGUGAAGCAUAUGCGUGCAUCAGAGUGUGGGUACGGCAGCCAGUGCUUCCGCCACUUCACCAAGCUAAAGUCUCGUUCUGUGCUCAAAGUUCUCAACGCCGGUUACUCUGUUCUCUGGACAGACGUCGACAUAGUCUGGUUCACCGAUCCUCUCCCGGACCUGCUCUCGUUCGGCACGGGAACGCUCCCGAUCCAGAGCAACGAGCCGGACGCGAAUCUGCCCGGAACUGGCAUUCGGAGGAUCAAUUCAGGGUUUUAUUUCGCCCGGGCAGACCGGAAAACAAUCGAGGCGUUUGAGGCGAUUACGGCACACGCAGCAGCGACAAAACUGUCGGAACAGCCAAGCUUCUAUGAUGUUCUCUGUGGGGAGGCAGGAGAGCUAGUUGCUGCAGGGAGGGAGGAGUGCGUGUGGAAAAACGGGCUGAGAACGGUCUUUCUAGACAGGGCCAGGUACCCUAAUGGGGCGGUUCACGGGUUGUGGGAGCAGAAGAAUGUUCACAGGGCGUGUGCGAAGGUGGGGUGCUCCAUUCUGCAUAAUAACUGGAUAUCUGGGAAGGAGGAGAAGAUGAGGCGGUUUUUGGCGAAUGACUUGUGGCAUUAUGAUGCGGAGCGGCGCAUGUGCGUGUGGGAGUGGCAUGGGAAGGUGCCACCGCUGGUGAGGCAAGUGGAAGGAGAGGGGGGCGGAGGAGAGCUGAAUGGGGGGGCUGGUGGGAAAGGGCAGAGGAGAGGUAACGAGAACAAGAGGUUCCACCUAAAGCAAGCGGCGUUGUAG